UAAAUUUUUACCCUCCCAUUUCACACUUCACAGUAUUGUAAUUUUUGCUGACUGAAAUAAUAAACCUGAAUAUUUUUCUCAUUAUUCUACAUUCUGUUCCAUCUUACAAUUUUUAGUAACACUCGAUUUAACGCACGCGCAGAGAACAUCUCCCAAAAUCUCCCAGCGCCAUAUUGAGAGAGGCGGACGUUGUAUGACUUGAGUGAUUACCGUGGUUAGUGCAAUAAAUUGAAGUGAUUCUUUUGAUCCUGCCCUAUGGAUAUACAUUCGGGAGUGGUGUGCCUCGGAGUAUAGGCCUGCCGCCAGGACACGGCUCCGCGCGUGGACGGGUCGCGGCCCCCGCUCUGACCAACCAUGGAGUGUUGCAUGUCAGAAGAGGCCAAGGAACAGAAAAGAAUCAACCAGGAAAUAGAGCGGCAAAUCCGCAAGGACAAGCGGGAUGCACGGAGAGAACUCAAGCUUCUUCUACUCGGCACGGGAGAGUCGGGCAAGUCGACGUUCAUCAAGCAGAUGAGAAUCAUCCACGGCUCCGGCUACAGCGAAGAUGACAAGCGGGGUUUCAUCAAGCUCGUCUACCAGAACAUCUUUAUGGCCAUGCAGAGUAUGAUACGCGCUAUGGAUCUACUCAAUAUAGCGUAUGGGAAUCCGUCCAAUAAUGAAAAGGCGGAGCUGAUAUCAUCGAUCGACUUCGAGAGCGUGACGACGUUCGAGAGUCCGUACGUGGAGGCCAUCAAGGGGCUGUGGGCGGAUUCCGGCAUCCAGGAGUGCUACGACCGCCGGCGGGAGUACCAGCUCACCGACUCGGCUAAAUAUUACUUAAGCGAUCUGGCGCGUAUUGAAGCGGCGGACUACCUGCCUACCGAGCAGGAUAUCCUGCGAGCUCGACAGCCGACUACGGGCAUCAUCGAGUACCCGUUCGAUCUGGACGGCAUCAUUUUCAGGAUGGUGGACGUCGGAGGGCAGAGGUCCGAAAGAAGGAAGUGGAUCCACUGUUUCGAAAAUGUCACAUCCAUCAUAUUCUUAGUAGCGCUUAGUGAAUAUGAUCAAAUUUUAUUCGAGUCAGAAAAUGAGAACCGGAUGGAAGAGUCGAAGGCACUGUUCAAGACGAUCAUCACAUACCCCUGGUUCCAGCAUUCUUCUGUUAUUUUGUUCCUAAACAAGAAGGAUCUUUUGGAAGAAAAGAUCAUGUAUUCACAUCUGGUCGACUAUUUUCCGGAGUAUGAUGGUCCGCAGCGCGACGCGAACACAGCGCGUGAGUUCAUACUGCGGAUGUUCGUCGACCUCAACCCCGACGCCGAGAAGAUCAUCUACUCGCAUUUCACUUGCGCGACAGACACGGAGAACAUUCGGUUCGUGUUUGCGGCAGUCAAAGACACGAUCCUACAAUCCAACCUCAAAGAGUACAACCUCGUCUAAGCACCGACGUGGUCACAAAUCUGUGAUUGUGUAUAACACACUAUAAUAAACAUCAUCAUUUCACUGCAGAAUGUGAACAUUCACGAACUGAGAAUCCAAAACACGAACUUAUUUCAAACUUAAAAUGUUUACAUGAGACAUAAGGAUAGAUUUUAAGUCAUUUAACCUAAAACUAGUAACUUCGCAGUGUAGAGGGCGCCACUCGGCCCCUGUACACUACGGAGGCGAUCGGCCCACUCGGGGACGUUGGGCCCUUUCUGGGGACGUUUGGCCCGCUUUGGGGACGUUGGCCCCACUUUGGGGGCGUUUGCCCCACUUUGGGGACGUUUGGCUCUCCUCGGGCUGUUGGCACAAUCUUCAGACUCGAAACAUUUUUUGACAUGUUUUUUUAUGAUGGAAUUAUUCACGAUUUAUGUAUGUCUGUAUCGGUGAAUAUUAAAUUAAAUUAUGCAUUUUAAAGUUAUGGUGAGUCUUGGCCUUACCGUGAGCCGUUUUAGUCAUUGAUUUAGGUUUUUUGUAAAGUUUGUUGCCAUAAUAACUUUCUACAUUAGUAUACACAAUGAUGUCCAGAGCAUGGAUUUGAACAAACUAGUCCGAGGCCGCUCGGCUUGGAGACAACUCCUAACCUAUAUAUAUAUUAUAUAUCACUAUAGAUACCGUUUUUUCUGUUAGCUUGGGAGAUUUAUCAAAUUAAUUAUUGUAUUUUUAUUAAAUGAAUGCGUUACUUUUGUACAUUGGAAUUUUGUUACUUGAAUAUACGUUAUUAUUUAAGCUGUUUAUAUUUAAAUGAUGGUGUUUUCUACACGAAAUUGACUUUUCGCGAAUGAUUUAAUUUUACACUUAGGCUUUGUGUCCGCAGUGGUCUGGUGUAAUAUGUUUUUCUUCCUAAUGUUAUCCGUAAUAAGAAUUAAUUCCAAUCAGCUAGGCGUAUGUGGAGUUAGGAGUUACUACGUUAGUUGUUUAAGGAAAUUUUUUGAUGCAUUUGAUAUAAACUAUUUUUACUAGAACACACAAAUGUUCAAUAAUGCGAAACGUGAAUUGUAAAAACGGUCACUGAUGUUGUUGCACAAGCUUAUACCAUGUAAUGUAAUAUAUUGUACAUUUGGUCUAAAUGUGCCGCGUGAACUGAGCGGACAGGCCGUGCCAAGUUUUGCUAUUGGCAUAUUUAUUAUUAAAUCUAAUGUCUAGCACAAAUCUAUAUUUUUAUUUUAUUUAUUUUUGUAUGGUUCGCUCAACAUUGAUGCAUGCUCCGAGCGGAGAGCCGGCAGGGGGCUGCAGUGUCAGAGGCUCCAUUAUUCCGAGGGUUUUGCAGAUAAAAGUUUUUCUUUUGUAUAAAUGGGCUGUUUAAAAACGCAUUUCAUUAAACACAACUGCACUCUGUAAGUAAACUCGCUAGUAAGGUCAUAGAAACGACUGAUAGCAAAGAAACCUAUUUGCAAGACGUUACAUUCUAACUACAUAAUGUUUAAGUGGAAGCAUGCUUCUGAGGUCCCUUAUUAGCUGUAUUGUACUUGAGGCAUUUAUGAGUAACCGCUAGGCCAGUAGGACGCCCCCUCCAGACUAUCCCUAGGACAUUGAUCAGAGGCGGCCUGUAUACAUAUUUUAAUUGUUUUCCAUAUUUUAGACUAUGUUAUUACGCUAUGCUUAGUUUAAAUGUGUUGCUUUGUGUUUUAAUGAGUUAUUUAUGUAUAGUAAGAAACAGAGUUUCUAUUUUGAAGAUGUAUAACUUUUAAAUGUAUUAACUUAUUCGUUGUUGUGUCAUAAUUUUGUACUCUUGUAAGCAUUUGUUUACGGUUAAGCACACAGUGACCUCCGACAGUGUCAAUAGCAAAACUGUAUGAUCCAAUUGAGAUACAGCUGUCUAUAAUGCUCAAGAAUAUGUGAAAGUGAAACUUAGCGCACAAUAUUGGAAACUAUUGAUUUACCGCAGAAGUGCAACCUCCACGCCUGUGCUACAGUCUAACCGACGCGAGAGCGGACGUCGAGGCACUGUAAUUAAGUCUAGUUGUAAUUGUAUCAAAAUCUUUUUGUAAGUCAAUACCAAAAAUAUACCUAAUUGUGUAUGAGAGCGGACGCGCCUUCCCCCGCGCGCCCGAUGACUCCACUUAGAUUGUAAUCUAAUUACAUACGAUUGUACAAAAACAUUUUGUUUUUCUAUUAUAUAAUUCGCGAACAAACGUGCAAUAUAAGUGUAUCGGACAUGUUUUAUGUACAAACUGCCCAUUUAACUUAGUAUUUUUUACACAUUGAAUAUACAUAAUUCUAAAUCUUACCGCGCGUCAAGACGACGGAAUCGGUCGCUUCGUGCCGCAACGGCCGAACAACAAAAAGUAUAUUUUUGUUCUUUAACAUCUUAUCUUUCGAUUUGGUCGUCUUCCCGCCAUCGUGAGGAAGGAAGCUGGUGUCGUAGUAAUUAUUUGAUAAUUGUGUCGGGUGCGUGAUAGACAAGACGUUUGAAAGGCUCACAUCAUUAUCAGUACAUAAAAUGAUACGCGGCUUAUUACCAUUCCCCUAUUCGAAAACUGCCUAAUCGAUUUAACUGACAAAAGCUAUGAGUACACUGCCACUUCGCUUACAGGGCUACGCUACGCUACUGGGGCCCUCAAAAUCUUCCAUUCGCAUCUCUUCCUCACUAAAUUAUUUUAUCUUCUUAUUUAUUAACACUCUUACUUAUUUCGUAGCUAAAGCUCUACCACCCUGACUAUGUGCCAUAAGCACUCGCUCCUACAAAACAACGCUGUUCAAUCACCUUUCCAGUCUUAGUGCGUGACGUAGGCAUAACCAUUGACCAAUGAUAUCGCACAAAGUAUUGGCAGCUGUAUAAGUUAGCGUUUUAGUUGAGAUUCCAUCGAGCACAGUUUGUUUUGCAUUUUGUUUGGACAUUUCGCCUCGGCGUCUUGGCUCCGCCCCCUCCACCCCCGCGCCCCGCGGCACCCCGGGACCCGCGACACACGGGCGUGUGAUGAACACAAUAUUGCUAUACUAUAUUAUAGUCUAACGUUGCUUUACCUUUUGCGUGAGAUUGUGAGAAUUUUAGCUUAAGUUCCGACUGACGACGGAUGCCUGUAUGAAAUAUUGUAAAUUAUAAUUUCUCAUAAAAUAUAAUUUUUUUCAGCUA